AUGCAAGGUCGAAUACGUCAUGGCGGAGGUUCUGCUCAACACGAGACAACGCAACCAGCGGAGAAACAGCGUGUUUAUAUACUCAACAUCUACAGCAAUCCCAGGGACUCUCGCGAACAGUUCAAGACGAUAUUUAAGAAGUCCGUCGACCUGGCUGGCACCCAUCCCCUGGUCGUCGUCGGGGACUUCAACGCCCCGUACGGACUGUGGGGCUACAUCUACGACACGAGCAAGGGCCGGGGUCUGUGGCAGAACGCCAACGAAAUGGACCUCACUCUCAUCACGGACAAGGCGUUCCCGACCCGAAUCGGCAACUCGGUGAGCCGGGACACCACGCCCGAUCUGGCGUUCGUGAAGAACAUCGCGGGAGCCGAGUGGAGUAACACCGCAAUGGAGUUUGGUAGCGACCAUUACGUGCUCGAGACCCGCUUCGACGUCGCCCGAAGUAAAUCUAGAGAGUUCACCAUCACAGACUGGAACCAUUUUCGCAAGUUCCGCGGCAACGAAAGCACACCCGUCCCCGAAGACCUGGAAGACUGGUGCGAGAGAAUCAAGAGUGACGCGGAGUCGUCCACCAAGAAGAUCGUCACCGACCUGGAGGUAGAGAAGAUGGACAGCAGGCUAGCCCAUCUUAUCGAGGCCAAGCAGGCACUGCUCCUCCGAUGGAAGGGACAAAGGUUAAACCGAAGAUUGAGGAAAAAGAUCUCCGAGCUCAACAAGGCCAUCGAAGAUCACUGUCGGACCCUCGGCAAGCAGCAAUGGGACGAGCACCAGAUCCAACACACGCUCGCCAGAGCCCUGCACGAAGGUAUCAGAUCCUGUUCCGGGGACGAGCUGGUAGCCAAGCUCAUGGGGAAGUACCUGCCCGUAAAGCACGGAGACGAGGAAGUCCGGUUUCCCGACUACCUCGGCCCGGCCCGUCCGGAGUUGGACGAAGACUUCACCGUGGCGGAAAUCAGGCAAGCCAUUUUUGCACUCAACGGCAAGUCUGCGCCGGGUCCCGACGGCAUCACCAACAAGACGCUGCGCAACCUUGACGCCCGUUCAAUCGGAUACCUCACCGAGAAGAUCAACGGGACGUGGAGAAACGGCAGUGUCCCAGAGAACUGGAGGACCGCCAACACCGUCCUGAUCCCCAAACCCGGCAAGGCUCCGAACGUGGACAAUCUCCGACCCAUCUCUCUCACGUCCUGCGUCGGGAAGGUGGCGGAGCAUGUCGUCCUCAACAGGCUAAGCAGAUAUCUCGAAGACAACGUCUAUACUCACACCAUGAUUGGUUUCCGCGGCGGCCUCUCGACGCAGGACGCCAUGAAGAUGAUCAAACAUCACAUCAUCGAUGGCAGUACCAGGGACACCAGGGCCCUGCUCGGACUCGAGAAAGCGUUUGACAACGUUCUCCACGAAUACAUCCUGGCUUCCAUCGCGGACCUCGAGCUGGGCCCCAGGCUGUAUAACUACGUCCGUUCGUUCCUGACGGGGAGGAAAGCGAAGCUGCGGAUCGGCGAAUUUGUCUCCGAUGAGUUGCUCCUGGGCCCACGGGGCACGCCGCAAGGCUCGGUCAUUUCGCCCGCGCUCUUCAACACCUGCAUGGUCGGCCUCUCGAGGAAGCUGGCCCAAGUUGAAGGUAUCAAACACACCAUCUAG